GUGAUACACUUCUGAAUGCACAAGUUAGCAGCUCUAAGCCUGCAAAGGGGGAGUCAUCAAUUCCACAAGUUUCUCCAGGAUUGACUGAAAGCCAUACAGUAAAUGGAGGAAGCUGGAAUGAGAAGUCUGUAAAAAUCUCCUCACAGAUUGGUGUAGGGGAGGAGAAAUGGACAUCUGUUCCUUCAGCUGCAGCUGGGAAGAGGAAGACUGAGACAUCAGCUUGGGGCCAGGACACUGGAGAUGCUAAUGGAAAUGGAAAGGACUGGGGUGUAACCCUGGUGGGCAGGCCCUGGAAAGAGCGUUCUUUGUUCACUCCUAUUGCUGCUUGGAAUGUGGAUGCAAGGAUUAAUACCUCUGAACAGAAUUCUACUUCUUUCUCUUCAUUUGGAUUAACUCCUGGAGUUUCUGGAUCCAACAAUGAGUCAGUUUCUCAGGCUGGUACUUCUGAUUUUCAGUGGGAUUUAAGUCAUGCUCAACCCCCUGUUGAUGACGAAUGGUCUGGGUUAAAUGGACUUUCUUCAGCUGAUCCCAGCUCUGAUUGGAAUGCACCAGCAGAAGAGUGGGGAAACUGGGUGGAUGAAGAAAAAGUUGCUUCUGUUCCUCAGCCUGAAGAGAUAUCUGAUGUUCAGAAGGCUUCGGAUAAUGAAAGAGAAAAAGCAGAGCCAAUUCUUCAGAGUUCUACAAGUGGCAAAUCCAAGAAAAAGAAGAAGAAAAAGAAGAAGCAGGGUGAAGAGGCUAACUCUCCUGCACAGGACACUGAAGAACUGGACAGAGAAGCUGGAGAGGAAUUUCAGGAGGAUACCUCAAAAGUUCAACCACAGCAGGAAAUAGCUUUUUCUCUGAAGACCAUAAGUACUAGUGAACCAGCUAAGCCUGAGGAGGCUCCUUCGCUUGCUGUUUCUACUGAGCCAUCUGUAAUUGUAUCAGAGAGCGAUUCUGACAAGAUCGCUUCCCAAGUGCCACAGAUGCUGCAAGAGACAGAUGUUUCUAGUACCAAUAUUAAGCAAAACAGUGUGCCUCCUCCACAGACAAAGUCUGAAGAAAGCUGGGAAUCUCCCAAACAAGUUAAAAAGAAGAAAAAAGCAAGAAGGGAAACGUGAACUUCCUGAGAUGGACAUGUGUUGCUGAAUACUGUCAUGAAGAUUAUGCUGUUUAUGCAAUAAUUUGUGAACAUGUACAGAAUUUUAUAUAAAUUUAAAACAAUUUUUAAAACAGAACUGCUGUGAACACAAACAUCUUUAAAAAGGAAUCAAAGGAAGGUAACUUUAUGAUAUAGCAUACAGAACAUGCUACAUUUGAAAGACAUUCUGAAGAGUCUGUUUUUCCAACUUUGGAGAGAGAUCUUAACUAAAAAAACUGGUUUUACAACACAGUGCCCUGUUUACAACAGAUUAUACUCUCAUCUACAGCUGCGGAUAAAAGAUUAACUUCAAGGAAGGGUUUUCUGUAAAAAUAAUUGUCUGUACAAUAGUGGGUGUUUCUUGCCUCUCUUAUGAGUGAUGCAUUAGGAGCACAGAAUGUCAACCAUUUGAAUUUGUUUCAUGCCUAAAUCAAAGUGCUUUGAUUAAAUACAUAAUCUGCCAUAUCUUUACAGUAAGUUGGUUAGCAAGUAUGCUAGCUAUUACAGGAAUCACAAGUGCAAAUCAUUAACCAUUUGUACAGUCAGACCUUCACGGUUUAUUAUAUGAAGUUAACACAAUAAAACUGCUUUGGG